AUGGAACAAUACCACUAUUUUGAUAAUAUAGGGGCAAGCUCUUACGAAGGGAUUAUAAUUCCUCAGAAGGUGUAUUACACUAAUGCAGGGCCCUAUCAGGCGAAGAAUCCAGUAAUAUUUCCUGGAAAUCUCACCGUCCAAGAGGCACUCCAAAUGCAGUUCCCUCGAAGCCCAGAGUACGAUGUUCCUGCCGUCACAACAGGCGCAGACGUUCCGAGGUUCAGUAUCCGGCUGAACUCUGUUAUACUCUGGCAACUCGCACGACGGGCGGCUGAAGCAUUCAAAAAGUUCGUCGACGUACGCUCUGUUGUUAUAUCCUCCGGUGCCACUACUGAAACGAGCGACUCUGAGCAGGAGCAUCAGGAUAUGCAUUGCACUGAGCCCUACUGGGACUUGAACCGGAUGCCACUCGACAAGAUUGUCCUAGUCGAACUACGCCACGUCUCUGAAAGCUCCUGGCAACCCGUGCUCAGUCUCAACGUUGACUAG